CCGGGAUUUAGCAAAACCCAAAUUAUACUCCAUGCGAAUUAGGUUGAGUACGAAUGAACGAGUUUUGACAGUUGAUGGUUUCUACGCAAGAAAGGAGUUUGUUUUAAGGUUCAAUAAUUGGUCACCCAGCAGCAUCAGACACAUGUUUUCGGUUUAAACAAGUGAAAGAAGUCAAAUGGGAUUUCAGUAAUUGAUGAGGAUGACAUAGACCAUCUUUCUUAAAGUCCACUCCAGUACUAUGGCCUCCAAAACAGAAGAAAUAUCUAAUCGGGAGCAAGAAGGUGGCCAAGUGUAUGUAUGGCAGGGCUAUACCGGGAAUGUGGAACUUGUUUCCUACACGACCUUCCUCACCCGCCCGGUGUGGCGUGUCGCUCUCGGGGAGGAGCACUCCCUGGUCCUCACUCGUGAUCAUGCCCUCUAUGCGCUAGGGAGUAACACCCAUGGGCAACUGGGGCUUCCCGCUCUGAGUGCAGAGUAUUCAUUUGACCCCUGUCUUGUUGAAAAGCUUUCAGGAGUAAAUGUCACGGAAAUAGCCUGCGGUAACCACCAUUCUGCCUGUGUAACUGAGGAUGGAUGUUUGUACCUAUGGGGAGAGAACCGGACAGCUCAAUGUGGACAUGACCCAAAUUUGCACUCCAAAGUUGUCUCUCCUGAAUUGGUAGAGCUCGUUUCCCCAGGUUCUACUUGUCAACAUGGAGUUGUCUUUCCUGGCAAGACAGAAAAAUCUAAAAAUGUUGUCUGUGGUUUUCUGCACACUCUUGUUCUUUCACAGAACGGAAACCUUUGGACUUGUGGGUCUGGUCCCCAGCUUGGCUUUGGUGAGGAUGCUUCAAGCUGGAAACCAAAGAGACUUGAAGAAUUUUGUGACAAAACUGUGAUCAGUAUUCAAGCGGGUGAUGGUCAUAAUAUAGUGCUUGUGCAAGAAGUUUCAGAAACUAAAGAACAUGAUAUGGAUAUCAAUUUGAAAGAAGAAGUCGAAACUGAUAAUGUUGAGAUUGUCUGUUCCAAAUGUGCUGGAGAAGUUGAUAAUGAUGCACAUGAAAGAAACGAGGGUGCAAUAAAAAAGAAAGAACAAUCUGUUACAACUGCAGGUGAUGCUGUUGAAGCAAAAGCAGACAGUCAAGAUGAACAUCAAGCACAAGGAAAAGAGUUGGUGAAAAGUGAAGAUGGAAAUACUAAAACAGUCGAUGACAGAGCUGUGACUACAACAGAUGAAGAUGAAGUUAAAACUACUACAACAGACAUAGAUGGAGUUGAAAGUAAACCAGAGAAUGAGGAUGUUUGUGAUGCGAAUGAUGUGAUCAGGAAAAGUGAAAUUAAGGAAGAAAUUGAGGGUCCAAAAGUUGCUGAAGCAGCUGCAAAUGCAGAUGACGACAUAUGGAAAAAGCGUGAUGACAUAAGCGAGGAUGUGGUUCAGAAGCGAAGAAGGGUCGAUGUAGACCUUAUGACAUUGAGUGUUAGCAGUGACAUUUCUGUUAACAGUUCUGGUAGUAGACUUUCACAUUCCAAGAGUAUCUUAGAUGAAGCUGGGGCCCGACAAUUCUUAGCCAGGCAGUUUCAGGAUGAUGAUGAAUUAGAGCCAGCAGUGCGACCCACGAUACAAAUUGCACGGAAAGAAAUGGAGGCUGCAAAAGCUGUUACGACAACAAUGGCUCCAGCUUCACCAGGAUCAUUUAUGGUGACGAAUAUGAUGAGCUCAUUAACCAGCCAGGUAUCAACGAUGACCAGCAAAGCUUUUAGUAGCUUUUCAAAGAUUGGAUUUCAGUAUGGUACAGAGAGUGUAGAAACCACUCCAGAUUCUGUAGGUGAACCAUCAAUUAAGAAUGUUGCGGAUGACACUGUGUCAGAAAAAUCUGAAAGUGAACCAUCCGAAAAAGUGAAACCAGAAAUGUCAGAGACUAAUAGACUGAAGAAGGUAAACAAUUCUACAGCUGGGGAAAGGGACCUUGGAAGUACAGAAUAUAUAAAUCUUGAUAAUUCUGGUUCGGAACUAGGAAACCUUGCAAUGAGUGAUGAGUCCAUAAACAUGAGUCAGUUGUCACUGCCAGAGUCAGAGAUAAGUUAUGAAAGUAGUAGUUCACAAGAUUUGGCAAAAAGAAUAGCUUUACAACAGAGUACAGGCUCCCUUGAUGAUUUAGAGGGACAGAAAGGCAGUUCUGGGGAUAGGAGUCUUGAGCCAAAAAGUCCUGUUAAGAAAGUAGAGGAGAAUGCUAGAAGGUCUGUGAGUAAGGAACCGCAGUCGAUACGAACUAUUGAAGCAAAACAGGAGAACUUGAAAAAGAGAUCAUUGAGUCUAAAUGCUGCCAAAGAGGAAGAAGAGUCUGGUAAAAAGCAACCAAUUUUCUCCAACAAGACAGAGGUUUGGGGAUGGGGACGGAACUCCCGGGGUCAAGUAGGGGUCGGAGAUAUGUUGGACAGGGACCGCCCCUCGUGUAUCCAGAUUCUGACAGGACGGAGAAUUGUGAAGGUGGCAUGUGGGGCUCAGCACACAGUGGCCAUCUCAUCUACAGGGGAGGUGUACAGCUGGGGUCACAAUGAGAGUGGACAGCUUGGCCACACAGAGCCACUACCAACCUCUCCUGCUAGAGUUCAGCUGUCUGAUGAAAGUGUGGUCUGGGAUAUUGGUGCGGGGUCAAAUCACUCCUUACUGUUGGUUGAUAUGUCCCCCACCCAGGAGACAAAAGCUGAAGUCUUCUACUCAGGCAAACACCCAUGCAAAGACCUUUAUGUGCCAAUCUUCAAAACAUCAAAGUUCACACACCUGAGCAUUCUGUCAAGAAAGGUAGGCUGGAUUAGCCAUGUGGCCACAGGUGGAGAUAACUGUGCAUGUAUAUCUCUGGCUGAUAUCCCUUCAACAAGUGCCAACUACACACUUACCCGGCACCUCAGAGCUAUGCACAGGCGACUUCAUGCUAUCGGCCAGAACUGUGUCAAGAGAAUACAGAUAUCAGGGUUCUUAACAAGUCUUACUGUUCACCCAUACAAGAAGAUGUUGACCAGGUUUAUGAGGCUGUUUAUGGAGCUCUCUGAUCAUGUGGGAAGUCUGUCUGUGGAGCUAACAGAGCUGCUAUGCCAUGGGGAGCCUCUAACAUCAGCCAGCUUCUUUACCCACUAUGAAGUUUACCUGGAGAAACUCAAGGCAUACUCCAUUGUCUUUGAAGACAUGAUUGCGGCCUCUGGCUACGAGUAUGCAACCAAAAAUUCUGGGUCACUGUUUGAGGGAAUCCAGGAGUUUUAUGGGGAGAUGUUACCUGCUGUCACCCUAGAGGCAAAACCUGACCAUACGGCGAGGUUCCGGGAACUUAUGCAUACACCCAUAAGUCUUGUACGCGGCCUCUCAGAUAGUGUCAACAAGUUUGCAGACAUAUUUGAUAAGAAUGCCAAAGAACACAACUUGGUGAAGAGAGUACACCUUCACCUUGAGCAUUUUCUUCGCCUCUCGACAUCACAUGUGGCUGAUGCGGACAAGACUAAGUUGUUCUGGGAAUCUGCUCCAGCCAAACUCACAGAGAGUGUAUGUAAGCCAGCACGUCGCCUGAUCAAGGAAAGCAAAUCCAGCCCCCUCACCCUGACCAGUGCUGGCAGAUUUUCUACCAACAACUUCUACCUGUUUAAUGACAUCUUCAUACACUCCCAGUACUCCAGUCAUCAAACCUACCCACUGGAGACAGUGUGGAUAGACGCACCCACUUCUGAUUCAGCCAAUCAGCAGUAUGUUUUAACCAUAACAACACCAGAAGAUGUCCUGACUGUGUACGCUCCCUCAGCUCAGGGCAAGACAGAGUGGCUGAUAGCUUUCAACACAGCAAUUAACAAGGUCUUGGCUAGUCAAAAAGCUGUGAAACGUCAGGACAGCGGCGAGCGUGUUCACACGCCUGUGGUACGCCUUGCCAGCUACACUUUCACAAAACACUUACUCUACAAGGAUGCUGCGUAUAGGGGAUACUGGCUAAAUGGGAAAAUACAUGGAUAUGGUGGGAUGGUCUGGAAAGAUGGCAGGAAGUACAAGGGCAAGUUCAAGCAUGGAUCGAUCACGGGGUCUGGUAAGAUGACCAUCUUGAAAGACAACAAAACUGAAGAGAUACAGGAAGGCAUGUGGAAGGAAGCCAAACUUCACGGCCAUGCAAAGAUACUGUAUAGCAGUGGGGAUGUGUAUGAAGGUCACUUCAAGGAGGGAUUACGUCAAGGUCAUGGGGCGUACAGAAAGGGCAAGGGGCCCAGUACAUUCGCUUACAUCUAUGUUGGAGAGUGGUUGUUUGAUCAUCGCCAUGGUUAUGGUGUGCUCGAUGACGUGCUGCAUGGAGAGAAGUAUCUGGGCAUGUGGCAAGAAGAUCAACGCCAUGGUGAUGGCCUAGUUGUAACACUGGAUGGAAUGUAUUUUGAGGGCAACUUCCAGCAGGGAAAACUUGUGGGUCGAGGUUUGAUGUUGACUGAUGAUGGUAGCUGCUAUGAAGGGGAGUUUAAUGGAAUCACCCAGCUGCAUGGAAAGGGCAUUCUGAGGUUUCCAGGUGGUGACCGGAUAGAGGGGACAUUCUUAGGCACAUGGAAUCAAGGCCUGAAGGUGUCUGGGAUGUUCCACAAGGCGGCCCCACCUCCAGUAAGGCAUUCAUGGACUAGCACAACACAGAAGGUCCCCUCUAGUGACUAUGGUCAUCUGUGUGUGAAGCCGGACCGAAAGUGGGAGGAGCUGUUUUACCAGUGCUUUGGGUCUCUGGGGUACAGUGGAGAAGGGGAACCUAAUACUGCCCGUGCCUGGGACCUUGUGGUGGCUUGUAUAGUGGCUGGAAAACAGGCCAUCACCCCGAAAGGGAAAAGUAGUUUGACCAGUGGACAGCGGAUAGAGUUGAGUACCCUUGAGCGACUAGAACAGGUGCCUACCCACAGCCUUGAUGUUCUAACAGCAGAGCAGUUCACUAUUGUACAGAAAUAUCUGAACCUGGCAUUUGGCACCACCCACCACCCGCUUGGCCAGUUGUUGUUCAGCCUGGUGGAGAUGUUCAGGGCAGCGUACGUGGGUAUUGGGGCUCAUCCUCGCCUCCUCAUGCACGCCAUACAGGAGAUACGGUCAUACACUAACCGGAUAUACAGGGUCUGCAGGAUCCUGUUUCCAGAGUUACCAACUGAUGGGAAGGCAACAUACCUGUACCCGGAGAAAUCCAACCGUGCGGGAACCCCAUUCAGUGACUGUGGGGGCUUCAUUCAGAGACAAGUAUCAGAGACAGAGGAAGAGGACUACCCUGUGUGUGUUAUGUCAGCUGCUGGUAUCCUUCACACUGCAUUACUGCCCCGUAUCUACCCAGCCUUGUUUGACUUGUAUGCCUUGUACUGUGACCGAGACGAUGAGCGUUACUGGGAACGUACACAGAAACUCAACCGCCAGGGUGACAUGGCACUUAUGGCGUACCUCGGCAUUGAACAGCAGUUCUGGUGUUUCAAUGAAGACUUGUUCAAGAAAAAGGACACGAGGCUGUCCACUAUUCGAGACCACAGUUAUGCACAAGCCAUAGAAAUCCUACAGCAGAUUAGCACAGCAUUUUGCCCCCUUGAGAAGCUGGAAGUCAUUGAACGAACAUUCCUGGCCAUUACACAGGCAGUGGAAGCGGAGAUGGGAGGGAGCCACACCUGGUGUCUGGACGACCUGUUCCCAAUAUUCCAAUAUGUCGUGAUACGGGCCCGUAUCCACCACCUCGGGGCUGAAGUCGCCUUCAUUGAUGACCUGAUGGAGUCACAUCUAGAGUUUGGGGAGCUUGGGAUCAUGUUUACAACUCUUAAGGCCUGUUACUUCCAGAUUCAGAACGAGAAAGUUCCUAUUCAUUGAAGACUCGACAUCCUGCAUACCUGACCAUGUACUAAGAUACAUGCAUGCUGUAUAUAAUCACUUUUACUUACAUGAAAUAUUUGCGUAAACAUUAAUAAUGUAUGUGACUAUAUGUUUUACUGUCAUCCUGUCAGAACCAGGUACAUGGAUGUUAAUUUCCCAACUUUGUUAUUGUUUUGCAUAAUAUAAAGCUUUGCUUGUUCUAGUUUAAAUAUACCGGGUAAAGGGAUGUCAAUUUCUCAGCUUUGUAGAUAUUUUACAUAAUAUGAAACAGAGGUUCAAUUUGUUUGAAAUAUUUUGAUGUGUUCAUUGUAUGCUGUACAUUGGAAUAUUCAUAUAUCCAAAUACCAGUUGAAAACUUGUCAUAAUUAUUUUGCAAUUACAUAUACCUUUAUUUGAUAAUUCAUAAUUUGAUACACACGUGUCUCCAUUCUUGUGCCAUAUUUACAGAUUUUAAUAUCAACUCGUAAGCCAUGACAGUUCAAGGAUAAAAGGAUCCCUGGUGAACACUUUCAAAAGUGUACUCUGUGUUUCUGUGUUAAUAAUUGAUCCUUGAAAUUAUUCAUUGGCGAACAAUUUUAAAUAAUUGUAAAAUUAUUAUUAAGCCUAGUAUAUGCUUUGUCAUUGUUUAAAACAAAAAACUUAUCCAUGACCUCCUUAGUUUUUUUAUGUAAUGGAUAGGAAAGGUAGCUAAGGUUAGAAUUUUAAGUCACAAUUUUGCCUGGUUUUCUAUUCAGAAAAUGAGAUGUUCUAAUACAUGUAGUGGUAUCUUUGUCGCCAUUCGCAGUGUUAAGGGCCUGCAAAAAAUUAAACCUUCGUAAUAACUUAAAAAGUGUUCCACAUAUUCAAGUGAAACUUGGUACACAUGUUGCAAGGUUCAAAAUCUUAUGCACAAAUAAAGUAAUGGAUAUUACUCUGAAUUUAAUAAUUUAUGGGUAAUUCCCCUUUCCAAAUUUCGAACAAGCAAGCCACCAUUGGCAUUGGCUUCACAGCGUGCAAUUAGAUAGUACAUUGCCUCUCAGUGUAAUGUCGAGUGCUCACAAUCAGUAUCUCAAGCUUGUACACAUUCAUGGACGUCAUUCAUAGAAUUUUUUUAAGAAUUUUAUACUUAGAAGGCUCGAGGCGUUAGAUGGAAACACAACACUUGUCAGAUGAUCAGUAUCCUUGAACGCUCAUUAUUGUGGCUACAUCACAAGUAACACCACAUUUUCUCAGCGUUAAACGUGUCAGCCAUUUUGACUGUGACAGAUCAGGGUGGAUAUCGUAUAUUUCUCAGAUCCAGCAGAAUUGUCCAUGACUUAAUCAUUUUUGUCGUUGUUUUUUGCAUUCAUUUACUUAUUGGUUAUGUAGCUUUUUUUAUUAUUUGCUAAACAUUUACUUAAUUUCAUAUAUGUAUGGUAUAUUUUUAUUUAGGGACUAAUGUGGUAGUAUAUUGUCCUACAUGUAGUUGUAAUGUCCAUAGUCCAAAACAAAAAUAAUGAAUUUCUGUCCAUUUGCUUGUUUUAUCACGGACCUAUGAACCAGUAUAGAACCGUGGUUGUAUAUCAUAUUUAUUUGAAAGAAUUGUGGUCAAGUUAACUGGUUAAAAACGGACAUAUUUUUAUUUAUUUUCGAACUAUUUCCCUAGUCUGUUUUUCGAAGGAAAGGGUCUGUGUAACUUGUAAGCCGUGGUGUGUGGUGUCGUUGUCCUAGUCUGUUAUGUCAAAGUGGAACUACUUUAACCUUGGCAAUUACUCAAAACGUGUUCAAGUUAUAAUUUAUAUUUAAUGAAACUUGGCGUUCAUGUUGCCACAAACGAAAUGCAUAUGUACAGGAAUUCCCAUAACUCUGGCGUAAAUAAUCAUUGAGUUACGUCUCUUGUAUAACAACGAACACAUCCACUGCCACGCUGUUGUAAGAACUACCCCAGCUACAUGUACAUGCUGUUAUUAUGCUUGUAUUGUUCAUGUUAUUGUCUAUAUACUCAGAUUAGAACCAUAUGCUUAUUAACACACUGUGAUAUAUUGUAAAUAAAAAUAAAGGGUGAUAAUGAUAGGAUAUGGCGCGGAUAUAUCGUACAUUGACGUUCUUUAAGAAUGAUUUUGUAUUAGUGCUUAAAUUAAAUGUGCUCAUAAUAUUUGCUCGUUUGUUUUGCGAAAAAUAAAACAGGUCUUGUCAUCAAA